AUGGCCAAAAAAUCAUCUGAACAACCUACCCAGACCCUAGAUAAGAACGGCCAAGAAAUCAAAAGUGUUGGCUUCCAACGCUUUGGGUUCGACUGUGAGGUGUCCCUUGACGCCCUCCGAUCACUGUAUCUUCGAUCCCACUAUGUGGUCUCAGUUUCUGAGUCCCAGGUUCAGGAGCUGGAUGCAAAGGAAGAGGAAGGACGCGGGUAUCUGACGCAAGGCCCCAAUGCCUACCAGUCCAAGUCAAUCUUCCAUCCAGACACACAGUCAAUCUCGUACACGACCCUUUCUCGCUUCGCCCCAGUUAAGCUUUUACCUCCCUCAUCAAGGAAGCGAGUUCUUGUCACUGGGGGUGCUGGUUUCGUCGGUUCUCAUCUUGUCGAUCGUCUCAUGCUCUUGGGCCACGAGGUUACCGUCCUGGAUAACUUCUUCACUGGUUCAAAGACCACCGUGAGUCACUGGGUUGGUCACCCAAACUUUGAAUUAGUCCGUCACGACGUUGUGGAGCCCUUCAUGAUCGAGUGCGAUCAAAUAUACCAUCUUGCUUGUCCCGCAUCUCCUCCACACUAUCAGUUCAAUGCCGUGAAAACCAUCAAAACUUCUUUCAUAGGCACGUUGAACAUGCUCGGCUUAGCCAAGCGCACGAAGGCUAGAUUCCUUAUUAGUAGCACAUCCGAAGUGUAUGGUGACCCUGAAGUUCAUCCUCAACCGGAAGAUUACUGGGGUCACGUCAACCCGAUAGGCCCUCGCGCCUGCUAUGAUGAGGGUAAACGUGUUGCGGAAACUCUCACAUAUGGCUUCCAUCAUCAAGAUGGCGUGGAUGUUCGGGUUGCGCGUAUCUUUAACACUUACGGUCCCCGAAUGAACCCUCACGAUGGCCGUGUGGUGUCCAACUUCAUCGUCCAAGCCCUGCGCGGCGAGGAUAUGACCGUUUACGGAGAUGGCACGCAGACUCGUUCCUUCCAGUACAUCCACGACCUCAUCGAUGGCCUGAUUGCCCUCAUGAACUCCGAUGAGUCGCGCCCAGUCAACAUCGGUAACGGUGACGAAUUCACUAUUGGUGAAUUCGCAGAACUCGUUCGCGAGAUUGUAGAGAAAGUGCAAGAGGAAGAUGGCAUCAAGCCCGCGCGCCGCGUGCAGAUUGUUUACAAGCCAAUCCCGACUGAUGAUCCUCAGAAGAGGCGCCCUGAUACGACCAGGGCAAAGAACAGCCUGGGGUGGCAACCCCGCUGGUCAGUGCGGAUGGGCUUGGAAGAGAUGGUCCGAUACUAUAAGGCUAAGAUGUCAGAAGGGAGCAUGUAA